CCCCCCCCCCAGCGGGUCAGCAGCCGCAGGCGGGCGGGCAGGACGGCCGGCAGGAUCGACGUGUACUUCGUGAGCCCUGAAGGGAAGAAGCUGAGAUCAAAACGAGCUCUUGUGGAGUAUUUGCAGAAAACUGGAGAGACAACACUGAAAGCAGCAGAUUUUGAUUUUACAGCUCCUCGAGGGAGCACACGCUCAGGGUUGAGGGGAUAUGGCACAGGGGCUGUGAGGACUGAUCUGGAAAAGGAGGACUGUCAGAGCAAAGUGCAGGAUCUCCAUGUACAGAAUGGUGCUGAGGUUGGAAUUCAGAACAUGCAGGCUGAGAAUGGACACCUGGAAGAUGCUACAUCUACUAUGGAAAGCACAGAUUUAGUAAUGCAAGACACAGAGCCAGAGGAGAGUUUGAAAACCAGAAGAAAGGGGGCAGAUGGGAAAAGUGUCCGAACUAGGAGACGUGGGAAGGGCUCAGAAAGGAGGAACCAAGGUGACCCCAAGAGCAAGAGGCAGAGAAGAAUCUCUAACACCCUGGAGACCGAGUGUGUUCAGAAGAAGGGAGUGCACAGACAGACAGGCACCCGUGGAGCUGCCAGCCAGGCUGUGGGUGAUGCAGGGAAAGCUCUGUCAAGAGUGUCCAGGGCACGGCUGAGGUCCCUGGCUGGCUCACAGAGGGAGCUGGGCCACCUGCCAGAGGAGGGGCCAUGCUGCAGUGACACACCUGCUGUGGGGCCUGAGGAGAAAUCCUGUGGACUGGAGACAGGGAAGGUGCUGGAUCCAGGGGAUCUGGGUCAGCAGAAAGGUAAAUCUGACACCCAGGUGGAUGCUGAGCCCUGGGCCAGGACAGGCUGCUCAGCAGUCACAAUGUCACCAGAAGAGUCUGUCCCACAAACACAAGUGGAUAGAAGGAAAACGAGUCCAUAUUUUUCCAGUAAAUACAACAAAGAAGCCCCCAACCCACCCAGAAGGAAGGCCCUCAGAAAAUGGACUCCUCCACGUUCUCCUUUCAAUCUUAUCCAAGAAACACUCUUCCAUGAUCCAUGGAAGCUUCUCAUUGCCACCAUAUUUCUCAACAAAACUGCAGGGAAAAUGGCCAUUCCAGUGCUCUGGGAGUUCCUGAAGAAGUAUCCUUCUCCUGAGGUAGCCAGGGCUGCAGACUGGAAAGAGAUGUCAGAGCUGCUCAAACCUCUGGGCCUCUAUGAACUCAGAGCCAAAACCAUCAUCAGGUUCUCAGGUGAGUACCUGAGCAAGGCGUGGCGUUACCCCAUCGAGCUGCACGGCAUCGGCAAGUACGGCAACGACUCCUACAGAAUCUUCUGUGUCAACGAGUGGAAGGAGGUGCAGCCACAGGACCACAAGUUGAACGUGUACCACACGUGGCUGUGGGAGAACCACGAGAGGUUGAGCAUUGACUGAGCUGAGCUGAGCUGAGCUGGGGUGACCUGGCCCUAUCACUUCCCCUCGAGUGCCCUCACAGUUCUGGGUGUAAAUAUGUGUGAGAUGUCAGGGCUGGCCUCAUUGCUGUUUUUUUAAUAAACGUGUCCCUGUUUUGUA